CUACUUUGGGGAGCGAGGAGGAGGAGGAAAAAGUGCGAUUUGAUGGAGCAAAGCGACUCCUUGGUCUCCGACGCGUCCUAUCCUCUAAGCCACCACGUAUAGAAGAUUAAAGUUGUUGGACGUGUUGACAGCUGAGAGGAGCACGGACUUCUUUCCAGUUGGAGACCCUCCACCUCCACCGCCUGUUGGUUCUACCCCUCCUGCGUACAUGUGUGCGCCAGCGGCGGCGCGCGGUGCGUUGUUCUGCCUUGGAGUUUCAGCCGGGACCAGAGUGAAUGGCCCCCAGGGGCUGCGCGGGACCUCCGCCGCCGCCACUUCCUCCGCAGGCCUGGGUCUGGCCCGGAAAGAUGCUAGCCAUGGGGGUGCUGGCAGGCUUCUGGGUCCUCAGCCUCCUCACCUACGGUUACCUGUCCUGGGGCCAGGGCUUGGAGGAGGAAGAGGAAGGGGCUUUGCGACCUCAAACUGGAGAGAGACCGGAGCCCAGCAUAACUACCAUCUCCCAGCCCCAUCUCAUUUUCAUCCUAGCGGAUGAUCAGGGAUUUAGAGAUGUGGGUUACCACGGAUCGGAGAUAAAGACUCCCACUCUUGACAAGCUUGCUGCCGAAGGAGUUAAACUGGAGAACUACUAUGUCCAGCCUAUUUGCACACCGUCCAGGAGUCAGUUUAUUACUGGAAAGUAUCAGAUACAUACCGGACUUCAACAUUCUAUCAUAAGACCUACACAGCCCAACUGCUUACCUCUGGACAAUGCAACCCUACCUCAGAAGCUGAAAGAGGUUGGAUAUUCAACACAUAUGGUUGGAAAAUGGCAUUUGGGUUUUUAUAGAAAAGAAUGUAUGCCCACCAAGAGAGGAUUUGAUACCUUUUUUGGUUCCCUCUUGGGAAGUGGCGAUUACUAUACACACUACAAAUGUGACAGUCCCGGGAUGUGUGGCUAUGACUUGUACGAAAAUGACAAUGCUGCCUGGGACUACGACAAUGGCAUAUACUCCACACAGAUGUACACUCAGAGAGUGCAACAAAUCUUAGCUUCUCAUGACCCCAGAAAGCCUAUAUUUUUAUAUAUUGCCUACCAAGCUGUGCACUCUCCACUGCAAGCUCCUGGCAGGUAUUUUGAACACUACAGAUCCAUUAUCAACAUAAAUAGGCGCAGGUAUGCUGCCAUGCUUUCCUGCUUAGACGAAGCAAUCAACAAUGUGACCCUGGCUCUAAAGACAUAUGGUUUCUAUAACAACAGCAUUAUCAUAUACUCUUCAGAUAACGGCGGCCAGCCCACAGCAGGAGGAAGUAACUGGCCCCUCAGAGGUAGCAAAGGAACCUACUGGGAAGGGGGGAUCCGGGCUGUUGGCUUCGUGCACAGCCCACUUCUGAAAAACAAGGGAACGGUGUGUAAGGAGCUUGUGCACAUCACUGACUGGUACCCCACUCUGAUUUCACUGGCUGAAGGACAAAUUGAUGAGGACAUUCAGUUGGAUGGCUAUGACAUCUGGGAGACCAUAAGUGAAGGCCUUCGUUCUCCCCGCAUAGAUAUUUUGCACAACAUCGACCCCAUUUAUACCAAGGCGAAAAAUGGCUCCUGGGCGGCGGGCUAUGGGAUCUGGAACACUGCCAUCCAGUCGGCCAUCAGGGUGCAGCACUGGAAACUGCUCACAGGGAACCCCGGGUACAGUGACUGGGUGCCCCCUCAGUCGUUCAGCAACCUAGGGCCGAACCGGUGGCACAACGAACGGAUUACGUUGUCAACUGGCAAAAGUGUAUGGCUGUUCAACAUCACAGCCGACCCCUACGAGAGAGUGGACCUUUCUAACAGGUAUCCCGGAGUUGUGAAGCAGCUCCUCCGGAGGCUCUCACAGUUCAACAAGACCGCAGUGCCUGUCAGGUACCCCCCCAAAGACCCCAGAAGUAACCCUCGGCUCAAUGGAGGAGUCUGGGGACCAUGGUAUAAAGAGGAAAACAAGAAACAGAAGCUACGCAAAAAUAAGACUGAGAAAAAGCAGAAGAAAAGUAAGACAAAGAAGAAACAGCAGAAAGCGGGUUCGUUUACAAAUUGCCGUUUGGGUGUUCCUCGUGGAUAG